AUGUUGCUACUGAUACUCGGGGCGCUUAUCCAACAGUGUGGAUCCUCAGCUGGCAAUGAUACCAUCCUGGAAAGUACUACCAAAGACGGCAUGGAGGAAGAUCCCACACCUCAGAAAAUCCUUUCCAGAAAGCGACGAUUUUUGACAUUCCCAGAGGGUAGUUCUUUUCAAGUGGUUUACGAUCAAACGAUUCCCAUGAUUGGCGUAGAGCGACUCUUCACGAUCGGUAUCACGGUGGCGCUGGCGUACGAGCUGCCCAGCAUCACCAUCAACCAGAUCGAGCAGAUGCUGCAGGAGAACGCGGCCGAAGGCUACAUCUUUCCGAAGAUGGACGCAAACGUCAACCAGACCGUCCUGGUCGACACCAACGUCACGCCGGCGCGAAAGAACAUUUUCAGCUACUACUACCAGACGCCCCGUCCGGCGGUUCAAACGGUUCCGAAUGCCCCCGGUGGUGGGCGCAUAAAUUACUACACCUCCUCUGGUGGCCCCGAUGGAAACCGACGCUACGAUAAGUACGAUCGGUACGGGCAGCGCCUUUCCCAGUGGGAUCGGUUCGUCUCGAGCGGUGUCCCGCAACCACCGUACGUGAACCCAUCCGGGAACGAUUUCGGCAGCAUCGUUAACAGAUACAUCCAGGACUGGGUCCGACGACAUCCGCCCAACUACCCGGUGGGCAAAAAGCGGUUCUAUCCCGUGUUCGGCAAGCGAAGCAUACGCGAGGACACCGACCCACUCGAUAGGCAUUUUCUCAAUCACCAUCGUGUCACGCGGCACGCACUCUACGAGAGGAUAGAACAGUUUCUAACGGCGAAAGGAAAACAUGGACACCAGUGCGUGCUGCGGGCACUUUGUGAGAGUGGCCAACGUAGAGACGACAGUGAACCGGACACGUUUUUAAAAGAAAUACUAAGAGCCAUUUUUAGCCUUCCACCUACCCACGAGACUCCAAAUCAUCACAAACAUCGACUGUACGACGAAGCCCACGCCCACACCGGAAACUGCGCCGAGACGUACUCCUACUGCGAGGAUAGUUUUUGGUCUUCCGAUUUCGUGUUCUAGUUGCGUGCUAU